CAAUUAAUCGUUUCAAGCACUAUAAAAACGAAUUAUUUCAUCGAUUGAAGCAUCAGUUACACAUCAUCGUUUGCUAAAUUCACUUGAAUUUCCCUCUAAACCAAUCCCCCCAUAAGCACCAUGUCUGCCAAAUUUGUGAUCUGCCUGGCCCUGUGCGCUCUGAGCACCGUUUCGGCUGGAGUUCUGCCCCUGGCGGCGGCUCCUCUGGCGGCUGGUGUUGUGGCCCCCUACGCCACCUCGUACAACGCUCACACCGUCAACCACGCCAUCGCUGCCCCCUACGUCGCCGCUGCUCCCUAUGUUGCUGCCCCAGCUGCCAAGCUUCUGGCUGCCCCGGCUCCUCUGGCCUAUUCCGCCUAUGGUGCAGCUCUGCCUGCCUUCAGCCCGUACACCGCUCUGCCCGCUAGCUAUGUGCUGUAAAACUUGAUGGUGCGCUCGCUCAUCCUACGAUGGAACUAGUUCAAAUACCUAUCCAGAAGGAAAAGUGAUAUUCGAGGCGCUACACGCUGGCGAGGCAAAGCCGCUCAGUAGUGACCUCUGUUAGGCCAAUAUGCUAUCCUGUGUGCAACCAAUGGCUGUCGAACAGUUUUGGCAGACAAUCUUUUGUAAAUAGCUCUUCCCUGUUGUUUAUAUAUUUUUUAUAACGAAACUGCAAUACAAUCUGAAGACAGAAA